AUGACAGCGGUGUCCACUUCAAGGACCUCCUGGAACCGCCCUAGGAAGUCCAGGGGUGUUGUGGAGGAGGGGGUCACAGCGCCAGCACCUAAGGCAAGGGUGCAUUUCCAAGUAGAGUGGUUCAUUAUAGAGUUAGGCACUAGGAUUCUACAGAAACAAUUUGUCAUUCGUAUUGCCACUGCUUGUGCAAUUUACCACAAGUUCUUGUGAGAGAUUAACCUGGAUGCCUAUGACCCAUACCUGGUUGCAAUGUCUUUCAUUCACUUGGCUGGCAAAAUAGAGGAGCAGUACCUGUGUACUCCUGACAUCAUUAGUAUGUCUAACAGGAACUUUAACCUGGGCAGCAACCCUUUGGAGCUGGACUCACACUUCUGGGAGCUCUGAGACAACAUUGUGCAGUCUGAAUUCCUCAUGCUGAGACUUCUGUGCUUCCAGGGCUCCUUCCAGCAUCCACACAAGUUCCUGCUCCACUACCUGAUUUUCCUCAAAAACUGGCUAAAUCAUUACAGUUGGCAGUGAACACCCAUCUCUGUCACAGCCUGGGCCUUGCUACUUGAUUAUUGGGUGCUGUGCCUCCAGUUUCAGACUCAACACCUAGGGUCAGUGUUAUACCUGACCCUGCAGGAUUUUGGAGUGGUGCCUGCUGAGUCUGAGGCUAAGAAACUAUGGUUUCAGAUUUAUAUUGUGGACACAGAAAUUCUCUAG